AUGGCUCGUCUCCUCUCUGAACCCGUCGUCUCAGACCCGGGCAGUACAGCCCUCGUAACAGAUCUCUCGGUCUCCCCAACCUACAUUAUCGUCUCCUUAGAUAACUCCGAGAUCCACGUCUACGAUACCCAAGGCAACAAGAAGCACGUUCUCAAAGGCUCCAAAGGCGCCGUCUGGUCGACCGCCGUGCAAGGCGAUCUGCUCGUCAGCGGAGGGACCGAGUCCGACAUCCAAACCUGGAACUUAUCAACAGGGGAGCCCGGCCCCAUCUUAAAAGGCCAUACGUCUACCGUGCGCGUACUUCGCUUCCUCGACGGCACGCAGACCCUGUUGUCGGCGUCCCGGGACGCAACGAUUCGAGUUUGGGAUGCCCAGACUGGCGAAUGCAAGAAGGUCUUGGACGGUCAUUCCGGCACCAUUCGCGGUCUCGCGGUCUUCCCGUUAGGAAACGCCUUCGUGUCCGCCGGAAGUGACGGCGUCGCGUAUCUCUGGAGCACCAAGGACUUCUCCCGUCUGCACAAACUUGAAGGACACGAGGGGGCCAUCUACUGCGCAGCGGUCGAUUCUCAGGGUGAGUUGGUUGUCACCGGAGGGCUUGAUGAAACCGUGCGCAUCUGGCGGGCUGAGAACGGGGAAUGCCUCGAAAUCCUUCACGAGCCGGCCGGUGUCGUUGGUAGAGCCCGGAUCUUGGAGGAUUCAACUCUGAUCACGGCCGAUUCGGCGGGCUUCGUGCACGUUUGGUCGCUUUAUACCCCUGCGCGUUUGGUCUCCAAAUUGAAGGCUCACGAGGACCCCGUGGCAGCCUUUGACGUUCGCGGUUCCAGCCUGGUGAGUGCCGGCGGUUCAAUUCUACUGAGUGACAUCGAGAGCGGCAAGACCAUCGCCACGAUCGAUGAGACUGCACACACGGUGUGGAAGCUCGCUUUCGUCGAGGAGAAUAAGAUCGUAGCCUUGGUAGCUCGGGAUGCGAAGCCGAUGAUCGAGAUUUGGGAUAUCAGUCAGGGGCCAAAGAGCAGUUAA